AUGAAGCCUAAUAUUAUCGAAAUAAAUCAUAAAGAUCAAUAUAAUUUUGAUGAAAAUUCAAUCCAAGAUUUUUUUACUGGAUCAAUAAUAUUUAUUACUGGAUCAACUGGUUUUUUGGGUAAAGCAUUGCUUGAAAAACUUUUACGAUCUUGUAAAAAAAUUUCAAUAAUUUACAUACUUUUGAGAUCAAAAAAUGGUCAAACAAUUCAACAAAGACUUGAAAAACUCAUGGAUAAUUUAAUAUUUGAUAGAAUUAAAUUUGAGUAUCCAGAUUGUUUUACAAAAGUAAUUCCAAUAAAUGGUGACAUUAGCCAAGUAAAACUUGGUCUCAGUGAAAAUGAUUAUUGUCUUUUAUUUGAAAAAGUAAAUAUUGUAUUUCAUUGUGCUGCAACAGUGGGUUUUAAUGAGCCUUUUAAAACAGCUAUAAAUCAAAAUGUUGGAGGAACUAAACAAGUCAUUGAUCUUUGUUUAAAAAUGUUUAAUUUAAAAAGUUUUGUUUAUGUCAGUACAGCAUAUACUAAUAAAUUACAAGAUAAACAUCCAAAUACUUAUACAUUAACGAAAAAUUUUGCUGAAAAUUUAAUUAAUAAUUAUAAAGAUAAAUUGCCAAUUGCAAUUGUACGACCAAGUAUAAUAUCUGGUGCUGUACAAGAACCAUUUCCUGGAUGGGUUGAUAAUUUUAUUGGAGCAACUGGAGUUAUGGCACAAGUUGGAGUUGGACUUGCUAAAAGUAUAUUUGGUGAAGAAAAUAAAAUUGUUGAUCUUAUUCCAAUUGACAUUGUUGUUAAUACACUUAUUUGUGCUUCUUGGAAUAAUAUUAUUCAACCAUCAAAUAAAAUUCAAGUAUAUAAUUGUGUUAGUGGACCAUUCAAUCCUUUGAGGUAA